UUGUCCGGGGAGGUCGAGCUCGAAGCACUCUUGGAAAUCAUAAACUCGUCGGCACGGCUAGCUAUAACUGAGUAUAAGAAGCACGGUAACAACGUUCCGACCAUCUACUCCACAGAGUUCCACCCCCUUGAUUUCGCAACAGACACCGUGGCCCUUAAGAAGGCCAUUCGUCUUUUGGAAGAUGCAUGCCAACAGCUCUGUGCAUCUUUGGCUCCCCCACAACAUACUCUCGCCAACGUAACGCCAAUAUGUCACUCAAUUAACGACUCAUGGUUCGCCCAAUGUUAUGACUGGGCUUGUACCGGUGCUGCUAUACGGAAAGGAAUCGCAGACAUCUUGGAGAAGUAUCCGUCGGGUUUGCAUAUCAGGGAAUUGUCCCAGACCGUCGGUCUAGAGAAAGGUAAACUUGCACGGAUUCUCCGCGUCCUUGCAUCCAAGAGAUGUUUCAUCGAAGUUGAUACGGAUGUGUUCGCCAGUAACCGCCUCUCCCUCAUUAUGAAGAGCUCGAACGAUUGUGGUUGUCUUACCUGUAUACAUGCUCAAGAUGUAUCGCAGGGUACAGGCGUCCUUUACGAAACAUUAACGGAGCCGGAGUAUGCAAUGUCAUACGAGCCCGAUAAGGCGCCUAUGAUCUACGUCUUAAAACGGAAAGGAUUGAAGGGGAGCUUCUUUGGCUGGAUGAAAGCAGAUAAUUACCACCAUGCUAUGAUUGCUCUUGGACCUGUGAUGGGUUCCUUGUCAAUUCUCCACCAUUACCCUUGGAAUGAUGUCGCUACCGUCUGUGACGUUGGCGCCAGUGUCGGCUCUGUCUCUAUCUCCCUUUCGAAAGCCCAUCCGCACCUUAAAAUCACUGACCAGGAUUUACCUGAAGUUUUGGAGGCGGCCAGAAGCGUCUGGGAAAAGGAAGCAUUUGAGGCCCUCCGAGAGAAACGGGUCGAGUUUCUCACUCUCGACUUCUCCAAAGAAGCUCCCGUACCAGGCAAAGAUGUUUAUUAUCUUCGAAAUAUCAUUCACGACUGGCCCGAUGCUGAGGCUGCGGUUAUCCUCCGUAACAUUAGUAAAGCUAUGGAACCUCACAGCCGCCUUCUCAUUCACGACUAUGUUAUUGCCGGUGCGAAUCGUCGCCCAGAUGAAGAACAACUGGGAAUAGAUAUUGCUCCGGAACCGAUGCUACCGAACUUCGGGGCGGGAAAUAGCCGCAAGUAUCAACAAGAUCUGAAUAUGUGGAUCCUUCAUAAUGCCAAAGAGCGAACAGUUGGUGAUCAGAUCACGCUGGCCUCCGCUUCCGGGUUAAGGCUGGCGAAUGUCUACGACCUUGCUGGGACUGCGGUAUUGGAGUUUAGGCUGGCAUAGACAUUGGGAUCUUGAUGGCGAACGGUUUGUGGGCGAAGAUUUUCAUCUUCGUGAAUCACGAGUAACCAAGGAAUCAAUAUGUCUAAACGCCUGCCAUCAUGAAGAUGGAACCUCAACGGGUACAGGCAUCGGUUGAAUGAGACAUAGCAAGCAUUAAGCAGGAUCGUUAGUGUGAAUAUGAGUAUCGCCAAGGCACAAGCACAGAGACUCGCUUGAGGACCUGGUGAAACAUCGUAACCAUUACCGCCUGCAGCAGAGAGGGGUGCAAUGUUAUUACCGUACACUCCAUUAUUCUGCUCGUAUCUCAUUUAGAAUGAUGUACACAAUCCAACACAUCCCAAUCACACUCGUGCCUUCGUGGAGUCGACAGCUCUGGCCUCGCCUGGCUGCAUACUUCCACCUAACCCAAAUACGUUGCUAAAGGAAGCGCGGAGUGCG